CUUGCAGAGGCCAACCAGCGGAUGGGGGUGAUUGGAGCAGGAGCCCUCCUGGCACUGCUGCUCAUCCUCCUGCUCUCCCUGCUCUGCUGCUGCUGCGUCUGCCGCAAGAAGGAUGAAGCCCGCAGCUCCAGCCAGGACCCGGUAGCAGCCAAAAAGCCACCGACACGCUUGUGCGGGCGUUUCAGUCGGAUUGGCAUGAAGCUCCCACGCAUCCCCCUGCGCCGCCAGAAGUUACCCAAGGUCGUGGUGGCCCACCAUGACUUGGAGAACACCCUGAACUGCAGCUUCAUCGAGCCACCCUCCAUGGUGGAGCAGCCUUCCCCAUCCUGGUCAUCCCGGGGCUCCUUCUCCUCCUUCGACACCACAGAUGAAGGCCCAGUGUACUGUGUCCCCCAUGAAGAGAGCCUGGGCGACAGCAGGGACAGGGGGACACCUGCCAGCCCUGGGGACAAGCUGGUGGCCCCGGCUGGUGGGGAGGAAGCAGGCGAAUACACCUUCCUGAAAGAGAUGAAAGAGAUGGGCUCUGUCAGAGCCUUCCCAGCCGACAGCAGUGAAACGCCCCUGCUCAAGUCCUCGGACAGCGAGCGCUCCUCCUGUGGCUCAGGCUCAGCCGGCGCUGCACUCUAUGCCAGGGUUGCCCGUCUCUCCAAGCAGUCCAAGGAGGAGGAGGAUGCUGUCACAGAGCCCCGUAGCCCCAGGAAGCCACCAUCCCCAGAGAGGACCAAGCCGCGGCCCCCAGACCCAGCCACAAAGCCCAAAGUCUCCUGGAUCCACAGCAGAUACAACUCCAGCCAGUCCAACUCGCUGCCAGCACCCAGCCAGUCCCCAGAGCGAGUGGUUGCCCAGUCUGGCAGCCCCAAGCAAGGCCAGGGCUUGGCUAAGAGGAAGAGGAGCCCAAGCGAGACAUCAGCCGGCAUGCAGGGCAGAGCAGAGGAGAAGGGUGGUGCGUGGGGCAAGGAGAAAGCACAGAAGCAACCAAAGGAGCCUGGCGUCCCCGAGGGCAAAGCCAGCCUUGCUGAGGAGCCCCAGUCACCCUCCAAGCCCAAGCAGAGGACCAAAGCCAGCUCAGAGACAACAGAGAGCAUCAACGGGGCGGUGCAGAACGCCUUCCGAAAGAUGAGUGCCUUCCAGCCAGAGCGACGGGUUGGGGACAACAGGGAUGUUCCCUGCAGUCCCAGCACCAGCAAAACCCGCUCCGAGCCCCUCCAUCCCCACCUGGCCUCCGAGCUGGCUGCCCAGCUGAAGGAAAAGACUCAGAGCCUCAACAAGGGUGAUGGAGGCACCCGGGCAAAUGGGGUGGGCACCCAGCGGGAGAAGCCCACACCUCCGCAGAAAGCCAAGCGCUCGGCGGCUGCCAGCGGCCAGAAGACCAGCAAGCCCUUGCUGCCCACCUCUCCCCAUCUGCAAAAACUGAUCCCCGGGGUGGCUGAGGCAGCGGCCAGGGAGCCCAAGCAGGCGGAGAAGCCAAGCAUCAGCAGCAGCCAGGACCAGGCUCUCCCCAACGAGCAAGCAGCCAAGAAAACCCCCAUUAAAAAGCCUCCAAGGAAGAAGAGCCGAGAAGCCAGCCUGGAGCAGCCCCGAGCAGCCACUGUGCCCGCUCAGGCAGUGCAGUGA